AUGAAUAGGACAGCCACAUUUCUAGGCCUGAAGGACAAGGUCCGUAAUCUGGAGAAACAGCUCGAACAGCAGCUGGACGAGCCGCGGCAACAUUUCUUCGAGGCCAAGACAUCCUGGAGUGACAAAAUCCAGACCCUUGAAGCUCAGAUCUUCAACAUGGACCGGAAGGUGGCCGAUGACUCGCUGGAGUACAGUCGCAUGGAGAGGCUGCUUGCAGAUGCUCAGCAGUGCCUCAAGGAUCAGCAGCACCAGUGUGCCAAAUUCGAGGAGCAAUUGCUGGAGCGGGACACUCAACUGGCAAACAUGCGGCGCAGCCAUGAAGAAGAGCUGCAGCAGCAACGCGCACUCCAGUACUCCCAGCUGGACGAGCUACGGAUGCAAGCGGCUGUUCUCCGUGCGCAGCUCGCCCAGGCCCAACAGGACCGCGACCGAGAGGCCAGUCAAGCGCAGACAUUAAUUUUGAGACUGAACCGGAAGAAGGCAGAGUGCAAGAAGAACCAGAAGCAUAUCCAGGGGCUCGAGGAGGGCCAGAGGACUUUGUUGGCAAAGGUCUCCGAGCUAGAGAAGCAGCUCAAUCUGGCGUCGGACUCUGAAACAAUCCUCAAGCACGGUCUGAAGAGGAGUGAGGCUGAGCUAGAGACCAUGCAGGAAGAGCUUGCAAAGCUGAACCAGCUGCUGGCCUCGGCCGAGAUCCAGAACAAGCGGCUGAUGGAGGAGCUUGAAGCAAGGCAGCAGCAAGCGGAUAAACAGCAAUCCAGGCUGAAAGCGGUGACGCAGCUGCUGGAAUCCCCGGGAGAGGACGGCAGAACAGGUGGAUCCGCUCGAGAAGGAACCUGCCGCCCACGUGUGCAAUUGCACCAGCGUGUCUGA